AUGAAACUACUGGUGCUUCCCCUUCUCCUGGCUGCAUUCCGAGCUAAGGUAGAGGACACCCGGGAGUCUGACCAACGCAGUACCGACGACACCCUGGACCCGACCACAAGACACCAGGUUGCCGACAAGAAUAUCUGGGAAAGACACCCCGAGCUGUCAGUGUACCAACACAAUAUAGCUCGCCGCGAUGCUAACCUGAAUCCUGACUCCAUCUUGUCCUUAGACAAGGCUCUAGCUCCAGCUAAGAAGGUUGUCGCCCCCAACAAGGGACCAGCAUCCAAGAAAACCCCUGCCGCAAAGAACGGGCCUGUGCAAGGAGUCUAA